UUUGUUUGCGUCAUUGUCUGAACCAACGAUGAUACCUAUAAAAGGAAGUUCAAAUCUUCAGUUUCAAUCUCAGACCAAAAUACAAAGCCUGUUUUCUCUGUUCUGUCUCUUUCUAAAACCGUAGGUAGCUUUAGAGAUCGACGAUGUCGUCGAAGAAAACACUAGUUCGAAAUCUCUUCAACAUUUCCAAAACAUAUUCCCGGAUCUCGGGUCUUACCCGAAUGCGUCCUCCGACCAAACCGGGCAUUACUCCUGACGCCGGAGAUUCUGGAAUCCGCCGGAGAUUUCUCCACAAGAAGGCCUUUUCCUCGCCGGAUUUUGUUCCAAGAGGGGGCAAUCUGAUGGAGAAACUCAGGGAGCUGACUUUAUCGAACAAUCGGCUUCGCCUUGAUGAGAUGUUACCGCCGCCGACGCCGGAGAAGACGUCUCCGUCAAAUUUCCCGGCGGUUACGGUGGAUGACGUGAAGAAGCUUAUGAGAGCAGCGGAAAUGGAGAUGGUGAAAUCGAAGCUGAGAGAGAUUGGGAAAAACUGGGUUCCGUUGUCGGAGUUUGUCCGAGUAUGCGGAGAAAACAGUUCGGAUCCUGAACAAGGUAACCGGGUCGCCAAUAUGCUCGACCAAGCUGGAAACGUCAUCGUUUUGGGAAAUUUCGUCUGCCUUAAACCCGAAGAGCUAACAAGCGCCGUGGCUGGCCUAAUUCCGACAAACGAACCCACUCGCGACGCUGCGACAAUACAAGAGUUCGAGCAACUUGAGAUUAUAAAAGCAGAUAUCGACAAAAGAGCCGAUGAUAUGGUGCGGCGAGAGUUAAUGGCCGGACUAGGCUUUGCUGUGGCCCAAACGAUUGGAUUUUUUAGGUUGACGUUUUGGGAACUGUCUUGGGACGUGAUGGAGCCCAUAUGCUACUACGUAAGUUCCACGUAUUUCAUGGCUGGUUACGCCUUCUUCAUCCGAACCGCAAAGGAACCUACCUUCCAAGGGUUUUACAAAAGCCGGUUCCAGACCAAGCAGAAACGGUUGAUUAAAAAGCUUGAUUUCGAUAUCGACCGCUUUACCAAGCUACAGAAGAUGCAUCGUCCAGACUUUACUAAAUCUGGUCGUUGUUGAUCGUAAUAUUUUUGUUGGUUGAUUAUCUUCUAAUUCGGAUACCAAUUACAAGUAUAAACGUCUAAAAGUUUUAUAGAGAUUAAAUAAACUUAGAAGGAUCUUUUCUUUUUCACAAAACACACUUUGGUUUGCACCUAGCUAUAUAAAGAGAGAGAGAGAGAGAGAGAGAGAGAGAGAGAGAGAGAGAGAGAGAGUUGUACUCGCUUGGAGAGAGAAUUUUAAUCUCUAGUGGAGACUCGCUUGGCAUGCCAAGGAGCUCCUAAAAAUUUGCACGUAAAGAGAUAUGGAGACUGAUCAUAACUGAAUAUAUUAUUAAUGGGUGUAGUCCACAUCCAAAUGCUAAUUCAGAAUGAAGGAUUAUCACAUCAUUUAUAUAUUGCUCUAAGUAUCAUCAUUCCACAACUCUUGUGGAAUGUGAGAUAUUCUAAUUAAUAAGAUUGCAACUGGAUUGUCAAUUUUUAUAAUCAAAUAAUAUAGAAUUUUUUUAUUUC